GCUACAUCAAUAUUGCUUAUACUUCUGAUAAAUGGUGUUAUUUGCAAUAAAUCAAUAUAUGAAAUAUCAUAGAAUGAAAAUGGAAGAACAGUACUGUAGGCACUCUAAUUAACUUUGAAUGAAGAACCAGCCUCAUUUGAGAGGACCAUUGAUUUAUUAUGAUAGUUAAAAAGGGAAUCCAAAAUGAUUAAGAUGAAGAUACUUGGCUUUUAUCUGAAAGAUUGGAGACAUGCGAAACACGUAUUUCUUAAAAUUCAUAAACUAUCUCAGAUUCACAAACCAAAUUGGAAUAAGCUUAAGAAUAAGUAGGUCCACUUGAAUAAAAGUUGCUUGAUAAAAGACAUUAGUCAGAGGAUAAGGAAGGUGAGGAAUAGAGAAACAAUGACAGAAUUAACAAGUUGAUUUAAUACAGAUAAGACUCUAUAUAAUAAUUUGAAAGUAAAAGAGAUGAAUUAACAUCAAUUGUUGGUGCAUUGAGUGAAGCUAAAAAGAUCAUAGCCUCCAUUAAAACAGAUCCAACUGCUUUAAUUUAAUUGAAAAACCACAAGGAUAAUAUAUGUAAUUAUAGAGAAAGUAACAUUAGUAAAUCAGAUAUAAAAAUCAUCCAUGUUUUACACUUUGAUUCAUUCAACCCUUUCUUUAAUCCAAUAAGGAACAAGCCAAGAGAAAGUCAUUAGAAUUAUUAACGAUUUAAUUGAUGAGGUUUAUUAAGUUUAGAAAUUAGAAAUGAUACCUGAUGAUCAAAGAGAAGCUGAUUUUGUUAAGACCUGGUAAACUACAAUAUAUUAGCUAUAGAAUUUUUUUUGAAUUUGCAAAUACCAGAUUAAGUACUAAAAUUGCUGAAUUAAGAGCUGAUGUGCAACAAUUAUAAUAAUAAUUAUUAGAAUUAAAUAACAAUAUUGUAUUUUAUUAAGACUUAGUCAAUCUCAAAACAAAAGAAAAUUAAUAUUGGUAAUAAUCUUGCAAUGAUGCUUAAAAUAGUCAUAAUGGUUUGACUGAUUACAGAAACUAAUAGAUUGUAAUUAUUGAUGAGUGCAUUUCAUUAUUAUAAGGAAAUGACCCAGAAAUUGUCUAAUUCAUUUAAAAAUUUGUUUGA